CAUCGAGAUUCAAGAACAGGCGCCUUGGAAUCGCCGUGGGAGGGAGGUCUUCGGUGGACGCCGACCAGACGACUGAAAGAACUAGGGUUUUCAACUGCUACCUUCGUUCUUGAGAAUUUGGGACUUCUGGUCGAAAUUUCGCCGGAGGAAGAGGCGAGAUGGCCAUGGACGAAGCUGAGGGGCAGCGAGAAUUCGGACCAAAAAAGCAGAAAUCCGAGGAAGCUGAGAGGAGGAGAAAGAAAAUGACUCCUGGAAGUUUGAUGAAAGCAAUUAUCAGAUCGGGAGAGGGUUCAGAGAAGCCUGCAGAUGGAGAUCGGGUCAUAUACCAUUGCACUAUUCGAACAUUGGAUGGUGUUAUUGUUAACUCUACAAGAUCAGAACAUGGAGGUAAGGGCAGUCCUAUCAGACAUAUCCUGGGGAAGAGCAAGAUGAUUCUAGGACUUUCUGAAGGCAUUCCCACUAUGCUGAAGGGCGAGGUGGCAAUGUUCAAGAUGAAACCUGAGUUACACUUUGCUGAGGAUGAUUGUCCAGUUCCAGCUCCAGAGGCUGUCCCUAAAGAUGAUGAACUUCAUUUUGAGAUUGAGAUGCUAGAUUUCUGCAAAGUCAAGGUUAUCAGUGAGGAUUUGGGAGUCUUGAAAAAGAUAAUUGAUGAAGGACAGGGAUGGGAAUCUCCAAGAGAACCGUAUGAAGUAAAAGCUAGGGUUACUGCAAAGACAAUUGGUGGGAAAUUGAUUUUGCCAUCUACACCAGAGCCAUAUUGCUUUACUUUGGGUAAAUCUGAGGUACCUAAAGGGCUUGAGAUGGGGAUUGGCACUAUGGCACGUGGAGAAAAGGCAGUGAUUUUUGUUAGCAGUGACUACUUGACACAAUCUCCUCUAAUGCCAAACAUAGAAGGUCUUGAAGAGGUGCAAUUUGAAAUCGAGCUUGUCCACUUUAUUCAGGUGAGAGACAUGCUUGGUGAUGGCCGACUUAUAAAGCGCCGCAUUGUUGAUGGACGAGGUGAAUUUCCCAUGGACUGUCCUCUUCAUGAUAGCUUACUAAAGGUGCAUUACAAGGGAAUGCUUCUUAAUGAAGAGAAGACGGUGUUUUAUGAUACAAGAGUGGAUAAUGAUGGCGAGCCUUUGGUAUUCAGUUCUGGAGAAGGGCUUGUGCCCGAAGGAUUUGAAAUGUGUGUUCGUUUAAUGCUUCCUGGAGAGAUUUCUCUUGUCACUUGCCCGCCAGAUUAUGCAUACGAUAAGUUUACAAGGCCUUCUAAUGUUCCUGAAGGAGCUUGUGUUCGGUGGGAAAUUGAGCUACUUGGCUUUGAAAUGCCUAAGGACUGGACUGGGUUAACCUUCCAAGAAAUAAUGGAGGAAGUAGAAAAAAUAAAAAACACGGGGAACAGACUAUUCAAAGAAGGAAAGUUUGAACUUGCAAAGGCAAAGUAUGAUAAGGUGCUUCGAGAAUAUAAUCAUGUAAAUCCACAAGAUGACGAAGAAGGAAAAAUCUUUUUGAAUUCAAGAAAUUCGUUACAUUUAAAUGUGGCUGCCUGCUACCAGAAAAUGGGUGAAUACAGAAGAUCAAUUGAGACAUGCAAUAAGGUUUUAGAUGUAAACCCUGCACAUGUCAAAGGUUUAUAUCGCCGUGGCACGGCCUACAUGUUAGGUGGAGAUUUCGACGAGGCAAAGAAAGAUUUUGAAAUGAUGAUGACAGUGGACAAAUCGUCAGAAGCUGAUGCUGCAGCUGCCCUCCUUAAACUAAAGCAAAAGGAGCAGGAAUUUGGGAAGAAGUCUAGGAAACAGUUCAAAGGACUAUUUGACAAGAAGCCAGGGGAAAUUGCUGAAGUCAUAGAGGAUAUGGGAGAUGGAAAGAAUCCAGAUGAGAUAGAACAUAAAGAUGAGGCAGCAGACUCACAAGGAGAACGUAGUUUGAGUGGGAAUUCAAAUCCGGAUAAAGCAGAGCGUGUUCAUGAAGCUGAUCAAGUAGGAUUGCUGGGUCGCCUAUGGCCAGUUGGUAGAAGAUUCUUCACUGCUUUAGGACUCAACAAAUGUACCAUCUUGUGAGACUCUUGGACUGCGUAAAUGCUCCGUAUUAUGAGAUGAAAUCAAGGACCAAAGUAUCAAAAUUUGAAUAAUUAAACCAGCUGUGACCUGGCUUGCCCAGUUUUACCUUUAUGGAGAUGUGUAUAUUGAUGCUUGAUUAAUAUCGCAAGCAACAUAUUUUAGCCCAAAUGGAUAUCAGACAUCUAUUCAAGCAAAUAGUGCUUACCUUUUUCCCAUACGAAUGAUAGCUGGAGAAUUUUA